CGAGCCCAGUCCAGCUCGGCGCCGUGAGCACGCGUGUCUUGGAGUUCGCGCAUUGAGCACGCGCCGAGGAGCAGCAAACGAUAUUAAAGCGAGCUUAUCGCCGAGGUCUAAUAUAGCUUAUCAAUCGUUCCUUCGGCGAUCCAAGUCCUCUCACCUCUACAGAGCUCAGUAGCUGAUUCAUAUUCUGUGCAAACCUUGCCGUACGGAUCUCAUGGCUCCCACACUCUCUUCACGAGGCGCUCUCGUCCUCGGGCUGCUCUUCGCGUCCGCACUCCUCACUCUCGCUGCCUCGCCAAAAUGCGUGCUUUACUCGAACUGGGACUUGACGGACAAACAGCAGACGCAGGCUAAGAAGGGUGGCAAGUCCACCAAGUCGCUACCCACGGGCAAAAUGACAAUCAAGGAAUACAAGGGCAGCUCGGACGAGUCGUUCGACCUGACCGUUACCGCCGAGCUGAGCAAUUUCCCCGAGCCUCCGGUGGCGAUCGUGAUCGGCAAGGGCAAGUUCGGCAGCAACACGGGCGUGUCGUGGAAGAUCACGCAGCCGUGGAGUGGCGGCGGCGGCAGCUACAAGCUGGACUUCAAGCUCAGCGCCAUCGAGAAGAUCACGCCACGUGGCGGCAGCGGCACUAUUCUGGACGUGCUCCAGGCUGUGGAUAAGGGGGUGGUGUCGUCGUACUACACCGCUGUUAUCACCAAGUCCACCAAGGACUCCGGUGGCCUCGUUGGUGGCGGAUUCGUUAAGGGCUUCCCCAACAUCCUGCCCUUGUUCAAGUGCUAGAGCAGCUGGUUGGCCCUACUGAGUGCAGUCAGGUGCUACAAAGGUUGCCCAUCAAAUAAUUGCUGGCUCCAAUGGAAUCUCAUCUUACACGGCGUCAGCUGCUCCUAUUGGCGUUAGACUUGUUUUGUACCUGUAAGAGAAUUAUAGUAUGUUAUGCUAUAUAACCUAAACAUAAUGCGACCCAUGGGC